AUGUGUGGCGCGACAUGUCGAACGCCCUCCCAUCAGCCAUUUGGUGCAUCGACCGCCACCGCGUGGCGCGGGCGGCGAUCGCAGGGGCCCGAUCCGCCGUCGGAAUCCAUGGCGCUGCCGAUCCCAAAGUUGGAGAUUCCGACGCCCGAGCGGAAGGCCGACAAGGGCACGCCCGGGACUCCCGAGCGCUCAGUGCCGGUGUCGGCGCGGACCAGGAUCGCCACAGCAGGCAAGGUCUUUGCCAUGACGAAGGUCUACGAGCCGUCGUCGGCGCUGUCCGACGACUCCGACGACGACUCGUCCACGGAGUCGGAGCGCGAACGGAACGCGCCCAAGCAGCUGAGAGUGCCACCCUUGCCGCUGCUGUUGGAUGGGAAGUGCGGGCUGCCAGCCAAGCCGAGCAUCCCGCGACUGAACUGCGUGCACGAAGAUUCCAUGCUCUCGAGCGAUUUGUUGAGUUCCAGUGAGGACGAAGGAGAGGAGGAGCUCUUGGUGGAGUUCGAAGCUCCCAUGGUCUCCCAGCGCUCACAACUGGUGCCGCUCUCCUUUCGCAGCGCUUUGCAGUCAGAGGCCACGCAGAUCUCGCUGGACCUCACCGCCAUGUCGAAGGCCUCGCGCUGCGCGAGCGCCAGUGGCCUGGGCGCCAUGGCGGGCACGGCCUCCGGCGCGGUGCUGGGCUUCCUGUCAGGCAUCCUCCCGGCACCUUUGACGUUGGGCCUUUCCGUGCCGAUCAACGCUGGUUUGGGCAGCAUGGGUGGGAUGAUCCUGGGCACUGCGGGGGGCUUGAUUUGCCAAAGCCUGGACGUGGUGCAGAUCGACGCCGUGCAAGCUGAGUCCCCCAUGACCCAGCGAGCCCUGGACACUCAGCGGACCGCCGCCAGCAGUGCGCGCGGCACGCCGGGGGUCCUACUGAAGUUUGCCCUGGCCAACGACACCCCAGAGGAUGAGCCGCGUGCGAUGGACGCGGUGGUCUCCUAUGCGCUGAAGGGUGGUGUGGCUAUGGGAUCCUUAGGAGGUGCCAGUGGCUCUGCAGUGGGUGGAUUAGUGGGUGCAGCAGUGGGUUUGCCUCCCGCGGUGCUCACCUUUGGCCUCAGCGUCCCGGUCUGCGCCACCCUGGGCAGCAGCCUGGGACUUUGCAUCGGCUCCGUCGCCGGUGGGAGCGUCGGCCUCCUCGGCGGCUCGCUGGUGGGACGAAACUUAGAGCUGCGCUUGAAAGGGCAGAUGAGCUGUCGGGCCGCGAUCCUCGGACGUGCUGUCCGGUCCAGAGCCCUAGCGGGCCCCGAUGGAGCGGAGGAUGGAUCAGGAGAUGAGCCCUGGUUCCAGGACCACGACACGCCCGGUCGGCCCUCCGAGGUGUGCAAGGUGGAUCUGUGGAGUGGAGGGAGCAGAGCUGCUGACGCCGAGCCGCCAGCGCGGUGGACGUUGGGGCAGCAGGUCUUUUGGAGUACAUCAAGACCACCAGGUUUGGAGAUGAUCCCAACGCCGGCCAUGCCGCCGGCGAUGCCUGUCCGCCCGGUGGUCUCGGGCGGAGCUGAGGCAGUGCGGCGCGUGCUCGAGAUGCUGCCUCCCUCCUGCUUGAUGGAGGAUGAGGGCCGUGGUGCUCCGGAGCGGCCGCUGAGUGCGGGGAGCUUGCAACACAAAGCCACAGGCUGCCCGAAAUGGAAGCCUCAGCCGCUAUGGCUUCGGCAUGGCAGGUUCAAUGAGCGCGUGGUCUUGAGGCCCUUGGAGCCCGGCACGCCCUUACCGAGUCCCAGAAACAGCUCGCCUUAUCUUCUGCAGCCCUUAGUCGCUGUGGCCGAGGUGCCUCUGGAGGGUUUCGAUGUGCGCAGCAGCCGCUGCUAUCUCGCGUACCCGUUUUGUCAAUAUGGCAACUUGAUGGAGUAUGUGAUGACCCAAAAGGCCAUGCAGAUGCAGCUCAGUGCGCGGCAUGCGGCGCUGAUUGCUAAGGAGGUUCUGCUGGGCGUCGAGGCCUUGAUCGAGGAGAGCGAGCAGCCCUUCGCACAAGCGGUGAGCAGUGUCAUGCCGACGAAGAUCUUCAUCGAUCGCAACGGGGCGGCCAAAGUCCUGGCGCCGGUGGUCACUGGACGACCGCAAAGUUGGCGACGGAUGGCCAUGACCAUGAAGUGGAUGUCACCCGAGGAGGUACAAGAUGAACCCGUGGAUGAGAGCAACGUCUGGCAGGUGAUCACCUAUCGCAUUGGGCUGCUGCUGUACUGCCUGGGGGUGCAGGAUGCUGGGUUGGGCGAUAUGGUCCCGCACUUCAUCCAGGACUCUGGUGGUCGGGUUGACAUGGCCCAGUAUCAGCAGGUUGGUCUUCUGCGAUGCAUUGUGGAAGAAUGUGUCUGGGCGGAACCGACGGACGGUGAACAACCAGCCCAGAAAGCUGAGCUACGUCACGCCUCCGGCUGGGCGAGCUCAGUGUGCCGGGCGCCCUGGGUGGAAGGUGCGCGGAGAACCUCCGAGGCCCAUACCACAGAGCAAAAAGUAUUGUCUCUGGGCACCUUGAUCGACCACUGGGAUGGGCAUUUGCUCCUGGACAGUGCUGCGUUUGUCGGUGAUCUUUCUGCAAUGCCCUGGCUCAAAGGUGCACUCCAACAUGUGCACUUCUGUGACUACGCCAUUUUGGCGGGCAUCAUGCAGGAAGUCACCGACAACGAGCACUAUGCCAGAAACAGUCGCUUGUUUUUGGAGAUGACGGAGCAUGGGAACUACGAGACUGUGGCCGCUGCCCUUGCCCGUACUUGCCCUUCGCCUGCACCUGGCGCGAUGCGUCGGCGUCGGCCUGCAUGGUCAUCCGGUUGA